GUCUCGGUAGGGUUAACAUCUGCUGAGCAAUCACAUUCAUCGCUCUCAUCUUCCCCCAGCACAAGCAUCGAGGAUGAGCUCGUACUGCCCAAGGUACGCCCAAUGGAUGCUGUCUUGCCACACGUGAUGCAAAGCGCCACUUUUUCCACUUGUCGGCUAGGAGCUGCUGGCCGUGGAAGUGAAGAUCAUGGUGGAGCUAUUUCAUCUUCCGAUGGGAAGAAAAAUAAAGCGGAAGCCGGUUGGGGGAAAACGAAAACUUCUUCGCAAGAAUCUGAUCCAAGAAUCGGUUGCCGGUUGAUGAGCGAGUUUCUGGCGGCGGGGAGGAAAGGAGAGGAUCCGGUGAACAACAACCGCGAGGAGGAACUGUAUACGAUCAAACUGCAAUCGAUCGAAAAGAGCCUGGAUUGCUGCCACGGGGCCGAUCCAAUCAAGCCCUACCGAGGCGUGCUGCAAAAGGUGCGACAGGUGCUGCGAAACGUGGUCAAGGUAAGGGAAAGGAAGAAAGUUGUUGGGAGUAGAGUAGAACAAAGUAGUACCCACCAGGACGAGGCGGGCGGUUCGGGUUGGAUCCCAGCAGCAGCAGGGGGCAGUAGCACUGGUACGUCUGAUUCUGCAUCUUCGCAUAGUACUACAAGCCCAGCACCUAGGUCGUCCAUAUCAUUCGCACACCUGAAGCCUGCCCU